GGCAUAUAUCUGUCUUGAUUUGGUCUUGUCUGAAAUGGAAAGUGAUACAUUGGGCAUGUUCCGAGUCAACUACACUGAUGAUGAUGUCUUUGGUUUUUUUAAUAUAGCAAUCAAGUCAACCACCAUGGUGAGAUUAUAUUAUGCAGGAAAACAUACAGAGGACGUGCGAGCCAUGCCCCAAGACGUGCAGCCCAUCCUAAUCCGAUCUUUAAAUAUCAGUUUGUAUCUUUGGCCUUUGCCACUGUCUUUUUCAUCAUCACCGACUCGAAUUCUCUGUCCUCGGAAACUUGCAGGUGUAGUAAAUGGCAACAGCGGUGGUCACGGCAACCACGGCGAGUUUCGGGGAGGAAACUCACGAGGACUGGCAUGAGUUCGAGGUUCAGGAGCCGAAGAUUCUUGUCAAGAAGACGAGUAUGCAGUCGGAGAGGCAGAUUUCGGUCGACCCGAAAUCUCUGAAGGCUUUAUCUUUAUCAGCGUCCAUGAGGAGGAACAUUAGUUUCAAUCUGGUACCUCCUCCGGCGAUUCCAACUCCUAGGGACUUGGAUGUGCCUUUGCCUCUGCCUCUUCAGCCCGUGAGGACAAAGUUCGUGAGCUGCAGCCUCCCGAACUCAGCCUCAACAUCCCCUAGACAGAAUUCGGGCGUGUUGAAGGGAAACAAGAACAGAGGCCAAGACCUGGACCUCAGGCCGGUGGGAGACAGAGCUGUCACGUUUAGGAGAAGCAAGUCUUGUGGGGAAGGCCGAGCAUGUGCUCCAUCACUCGAUUUCGACAUCUUGAUGCACAGAUCGAAACACGGGAAUCAUCAGACAAGUUUCUCCUCGAAAACCGUUUCCCACAUGAGCAGCAUCAGCAGCAGCUUCUCCAAAACAGAGUCCAGCAAGAGCAACAGGAGCAUCAAAAGCAUGAAUUCAUUCGAAGACGGGUUCAAAUGCAGCGCUCUCUGCUUGUACCUCCCGGGAUUCGGCAAAGGAAAACCAGUCCGAUCAUCCCGAAAGGACGAUUCUUUCACCAGAACCACCACGAUGGCGUCUUCCACAGCAAGAACAGCCUCCAUUAAAGACAAUAACACAGUGAUUUCAGCACGAGCUUCCCUUGAGAAGUUCGAGUGUGGGUCAUGGAGCUCGUCGGCUUUGAUAUACGAAGACAACGUAGAAGCCGGAGGCCAUUUCUUCGACUUGCCGUCUGAACUGAUAAAGGGUGGCUCGGGUGGGAACGACCAGGACGAGCCGGUUUCGGCGGCUUUCGUGUUUGACAAGGAACCGCUGGAGAAGGAGAUCAAAGGGGUACUGAAAACGUCCGGUUCGAAAUCGAGGAGGUCGACCGAAUCACCGCGUCACGUUAGGUUCUCGACAUCGUCGCCGGUGUCUUACCCGGCGUCUCCGACGUCGAUCACGCCUCGGUUGAUACAAGCCUCCCAGGAUUUAAGCAUUUUCAUGGAAGCUCAAACCGUUUGAAGACAAAAGUCUUGAUAACGAAUUAGCCUUUUUUUUUUUUUUUUUACGAUUUGUAGCAAUUACCAUGAGAAAAAAACAUUAUGUACACCAAAGAAAUAGAUAUAUACAUGCACGAGAGGGAAGUGAAAAGUGCCUUUGUGAUUAUGUUUUCUGUA